UGUCACCCGCCAGUAAAAAUCAGAAAGAAGAAGAAGCAGUAGUAGAGGAAGAAGAAGACAAAGAGGACGACACGUGGUCUGUUUUGUUGAAAGCUUGAGUGUUUCUCUAAUAAAAUAUCUUCAGUCCGGCUUAAACGAGUUUAUCAACGAUCAGUUAACUGCUGCUGAAGAAACAUUUACAGAGUUUAAAGAAAUCAUCGUCAAGUCGGAGGAAGAGAUGGAUGAUCAUCGCAGACUGCUGGAUUUCUCCCGGAGGCCCCAGAUAAUUUUACACCGUAUAGAUUCCCUGAAGUGUAGCGUUCAAAACCAGAAGAGGAGAUCCACUCUGGACCAGGAGGAGUUAGAACCUCUGCAGGUGAAACAAGAAAAGGAAGAGCCAGAAGAUCAUCAGAUAAAAGUGGAAGAGAAAGAAGUUUACUGCAGUCAGGGUGAAGAACAGAUUGAAUUAAAUCAAGAGACUGAUACCUGCAUGAUGGUUCCUGUUUAUGAGCAAACAAACCACAAUGAAUCAGAACCAAACAGGAACCAAGACGUCUUCCAGGAAGCUGCUGAAGCUGAGAACCAAAAUCAGGAAAGAAGAAAACCUUUCUCAUGUGUCAUCUGUAAGAAGCGUUUUGCUUUCAAAUCUGUUUUUGAUGCUCACAUGAGAACUCAUACUGGUGAAAAGCCGUUUACAUGUGUGAACUGUGGAAAAAGUUAUCGUCACAAUGUUAAUUUAACUCAGCACAUGAUGAUUCACACUGGUGAAAAGCCGUUUUCAUGCGUGAACUGUGGAAAAAGUUUUAGACGUAAAAACAAAUUAACUCAGCACAUGAUGAUUCACACUGGUGAAAAGCCGUUUUCAUGUGUGAACUGUGGAAAAAGUUUUAGUCGAAAACAGGAGUUAACUCAGCACAUGAUGAUUCACACUGGUGAAAAGCCGUUUUCAUGUGUGAACUGUGGAAAAAGUUUUAGUCGAAAACAGGAGUUAACUCAGCACAUGAUGAUUCACACUGGUGAAAAGCCGUUUUCUUGUGGGACCUGUGGAAAAAGUUUUAAUCACAAACCAAAUUUAACUCGGCACAUGAUGAUUCACACUGGUGAAAAGCCGUUUUCUUGUGUGAACUGUGGAAAAAGUUUUAAUCACAAAUCAACUUUAACUCAGCAUAUGAUGAUUCACACUGGUGAAAAUCCGUUUUCUUGUGUGAACUGUGGAAAACGUUUUCGUCGCAAAAUUAGCUUAACUCUCCACAUGAGGCAUCACAAUGAUGAAAAGCCGUUUUCAUGUGUGACCUGUGGAAAAGGUUUUAGUCAAAAAGGUCAUUUAACUCAGCACAUGAGGCAUCACACAGGUGCUGCUGAAACUGAGAAGCAAAAUCAGGAAAGAAGAAAACCUUUCUCAUGUCUUACCUGUGAAAAGCGUUUCACUUGCAAAUCUGUUUUUGAUGCUCACAUGAGAACUCAUACUGGUGAAAAGCCGUUUUCAUGUGUGACCUGUGGAAAACGUUUUAAUUACAAACCAAAUUUAACUAAGCACAUGAUGAUUCACACUGAUGAAAAGCCAUUUUCAUGUGUGAACUGUGGAAACAGUUUUAGGCUAAAACAGUAUUUAACUCAGCACAUGAUGAUUCACACUGGUGAAAAGCCGUUUUCAUGUGUGAACUGUGGAAAAAGUUUUAAUUACAAACCAAGUUUAACUAAGCACAUGAUGAUUCACACUGAUGAAAAGCCAUUUUCAUGUGUGAACUGUGGAAACAGUUUUAGGCUAAAACAGUAUUUAACUCAGCACAUGACGAUUCACACUGGUGAAAAGCCGUUUUCAUGUGUGACAUGUGGAAAAGGUUUUAGUCAAAAAGGUCAUUUAACUCAGCACAUGAUGAUUCACACUGGUGAAAAGCCGUUUUCAUGUGUGACCUGUGGAAAAAGUUUUAGUCAAAAAGGUCAUUUAACUCGGCACAUGAGGCGUCACACAGGUGAAAAGCUGUAGAAGUAUUUUCCAUACAUCUCCUAUGUUGAGGUUCACUAUUGAAUUGAUUUGGUUAAAAACUAGAAGGAAAGACUGGAGGGGUUUCAUGUCUAUAAAGCUGAAAAUUGUUGUAUUUGUUAAAUGUGAUCAUUUGGAUAUGUGGAGAUGUGAAAUCAUGACACAUUGUCCUUCAGAGAUGCUUUGAUUUUGUUUGGGGUUUUUUGGGGUAUAUUCUGUAUCAUAAAACAAUAAUGAUAAACUGUAUGUUAUUGUAUUAACAAACUGUUUAUGUCAAACUGUAUGUUGUGUGUGUACAACGUGAAGAGCAGAGGGCUCAGCACACAGCCCUGAGGAGUGCCAGUACUGAUGCUGAUAGAUGAAGAGGCAUGGGGGCCCACUGACUAUUUCAUGCAUUAACAGAGUUUGACCGGACAUGGACUCCCUUCCAGAACAUUCUGACAAGAUUGGACCUGAGGGAUUGAUUUGUAUUAUUCUGUACAAUAGAGAGAGUUUGUGGGUUUAUUUUUGUAGUUUUUUAAAAUCAAAAAUAGAAUGUACAGAAUGGUUGAAUGUUUUCAAAAAAUCUGCAAAAAAUGUAUUUGUGAUAAUUUUGUCUUUAAAGUAAAAUGAGAUUGAAACUAAUUUCAUUUCUUUCAAAUUAUAUUAACCAGUUUUACUCUACCUAAUUAAAAUCUUUUCAAAUUAAA